AUGGAAUCCGAGGUAGGUGAAGCCUCCCAUCAACAUCCAAAAUGUAGCAGACUUACAAACCAAGCUCAGUUUUCAUCAACUUCAGUUAAAGAUUCAAUCUUGACAAUUCCUAUUCUGCCACCAGAACUCAUCACUGAAAUACUCUUAAGGCUACCAGUGAAAUCCCUCUUGAAAUUCAGGUCUGUUUCAAAAUCUUGGCUUGCUUUAAUAUCUAGCCCUGAAUUUAUCAAGACCCAUCUUAGUGUAUCUGCUAAUAACGAGGAUUAUACCCACCAUAGGCUUAUAUGGAUUUGUAGACAUGGGUCCUUGAAUCUUAAAGAUUCUAGUGGUACGUUUUGUAGGUGUGGCAAGUUCAAUCGAGGUAAGCUCAAAAUAUAUAGUCUAAAGAGUGAUUCUUGGAGAAGUGUUGAUCCUUGGGCAAGUGUUGAUGAUCGUCGAAGUCGGGAGCAAUUAGAUGUUUCAGGUAAAUUUGUGAAGGGGAAACUUUACUGGCCUACUGCUACUGUUGAUGGUCUGUAUGUUUUUUACAAGGAGUGGACCAUCACUUCUUUUGAUUUGGCUAAUGAGAAAUGGGGAGAGGUGGAGCAUCCCUGCUACGAAGAGGGAGAUAUUGAUUUGUUGCUGGAAGUGUUAGGUAGUGAUCUUUCUGUCUUUUGUAAUAACCACGGAAAACAUAUAUCUAUUUGGAUUAUGAAGGAGUAUGGGGCUAAAGAAUCUUGGACAAAGAUGUUUACCAUCAAUUAUCCUGAUCGUUAUGUGGGGGAUCGUCAUGUUUUUUCUCUGCCUUCUUUCAUGUCAAAUAAAGGUGAAAUUUUGGUUAUGUUUCUGUUUCAUGCAACUUCCAUGAUAUACAAUCCGAAGGAUGAUUCGUUAAGAUAUUCAAAGGUUAUUGAGUUUAAUGGCGGUCCUAAGGCAGAAGUCUACGUUGAAAGUCUAGUUUGUCCUUUCUCUAGAGAAGGGGCAGCGGAUGCAACAAAACACAAAAGGCUACAAAAGCUUAGAUCAAGCUUAGGACAUGGACAGAAUCGUCGUUGACAUAUCUGAAAUGUUGGGAAAUAGAGCUUAGACUUUUUUUUUUCUUUAAACAAGGCCAGUAGAGCUCUUCAUGUGUUGCUUUCUAGAUCUACACUGCCUUUACUUGUCAUAUGUGAUGUCAAUGAAGUUUUUUGUUGACAGU